GUGCGUGUAUAAGUCCUAACAUUCUUAUUCGGCUCCGCGUUGUUUGAUCAUCAUUCAAAACCCUCUUCUUUCUGCAACUCUUCUUCGUAUAAUUUUGGGAUUUUCCAUCUCCGAUUGCAGAAAGAAGUCUUCUCCCACCUCCGAUCCGAUUUCUAGUUUUCGCCGGAAUCAAAUCGAUCGAUCAUGAGUUUCCUUUUCGGGAAGCGGAAGACUCCCGCAGAACUUCUGCGGGAGAAUAAGAGAAUGCUUGAUAAGUCGAUUCGAGAAAUAGAGAGGGAGAGGCAAGGUUUACAAACACAAGAAAAGAAACUUAUUGCGGAGAUAAAGAAAAGCGCCAAGCAAGGACAGAUGGGAGCUGUCAAGGUGAUGGCCAAAGAUCUUAUCAGGACAAGACAUCAGAUCGAAAAGUUCUAUAAGCUGAAAUCUCAACUUCAAGGUGUAUCUCUCAGAAUCCAGACAUUAAAAUCUACACAAGCAAUGGGGGAGGCAAUGAAAGGUGUUACUAAGGCCAUGGGGCAAAUGAACAGGCAGAUGAACCUGCCAUCACUGCAGAAAAUCAUGCAAGAAUUUGAGAGGCAAAACGAGAAGAUGGAACUAACAAGCGAAGUGAUGGCAGACGCCAUUGAUGAUGCCUUGGAAGGAGAUGAGGAGGAGGAAGAGACCGAAGAGUUGGUGAGCCAGGUUCUUGAUGAGAUUGGCAUUGACAUUAAUAACGAGCUUGUUAAUGCACCUUCCGCGGCAGUAGCUGCCCCAGCUGCAAAGAAUAAGGUCCCACAAGCAGAGGCUACUACAGGAACUGAUGAUGGUGGGAUCGACAGCGACCUCCAGGCGAGGUUAGACAAUCUGAGGAGGAUGUAGAGACGUAACCGACUUGUAACAUAAAAUUUGUCUGUUGAGACCAAACAAUCCUAUUUGGCUUUGUGUAACUUUUAUGAAGAUCUUGAAAUACAUGUUCUGGUACAGCUUUGCUUCAAUAAUAUUGCAAUAAUUUAGUUACUGUAUAA